AUGCAAGACGGAAAAUUUUUUGCUCAUCACAAAAGGGCGCUCUUCGAGUUAGCGGCUAUGAAAAAACGCUCGGCAAUCCAAGAAAUGUUACGUCAAACGAUGACCUCGAUGCGUCCCGUUGUGGAAAUUACGUCAAAGAAUGCAAUGAUUACACUCGAUCCAAUGAAUGGAGGAAGAAAACGAAACAGAAUUGAUAGCGAAUUGAGCAAUUCAUUCAUCAAUCCAAUGGUUGAUUCAUUCGAGUUUGUCGAUGUGAAGCCUCUAAGUGCUAUCUCUGAUGUUGUCAAUAGUAUUGGUCUUCAUUAUGAAAAGAAAAACCACCUCGAAACAUGCGGUGAGUGUCGAUUGCCGAUUUUUGAUCGAUACGCUUGUCGAAUAGGGAACAAUACGUAUCACGAGAGCUGUCUGCAUUGCUGUAUCUGUUCGCACAAUCUCACCAAUACUUGCUAUGAAAAGAAUGGGCAUUUUUAUUGUCAGCAGCAUUAUUUUCAAGAGCACAGCACUUUCCAAUGUGCCGGCUGUAAACACGGAAUCGCUCCACAUGAUAUUGUCUUCAAAAUGACCCCAAAAAUCGUUUUCCACUCGGAGUGCCAUAAAUGUGCGAGAUGUUCGAGAAGAUUCACGACGGGACAACAAGUUUCGGUGGAUGAAGAGCGUGGAGAGAUCUGUUGUCUCAUCAAUGAGUGUCAAUUCUAUGCACAACAAGAAGCCUCCGUUUCAACAGAUUCCACUCCAUUGUACGACGAGGUGCCCACUCCGCCACACCAAGAAAUGGGCACAUCAACCCUUCAAUCGAUGAAUUUGAAAAUUGAUGUUGAUGAGAUGAAUGUUGGAAUGGGAUCAAUGGGUGGAUCAAUGGGUGCUCCUUUAAUGGUCGAUCCACUCUCGCUUCCAUUCAUUUUCCCCUAUGAUCAUGCCGCUUUUGCGUAUGUUGAUGCGUUUGACGAUGAGAACAAGUUCUUGAAGAGAAGAGGCCCUAGAACGACAAUCAAACAAAAUCAGUUGGAUGUGUUGAAUCGAAUUUUCACGACUACUCCAAAACCCUCAAAGCACGCGAGAGCCAAACUUGCCUCGGAGACCGGUCUCUCGAUGAGAGUUAUUCAGGUUUGGUUUCAAAAUCGACGCAGCAAGGAGCGCCGCUUGAAGCAUUUGUGCAAUUAUUUGAGACACUAUGAGCAACGGGGCCUCAUUCCGCCGACAAUUCACUUUCCCACAGAUGAUCUAAUGGGCGGUGAUGUGGACAUUCCCCAGCUCGUCGGCCCAUCCUCUCUUUGUGCUUCUUCUUCUUCGAUGCUUGUCCAUUCCCCAUCACUCAUCCCACUGACCGUACCCCUCACCGAGCCUCUCCACCUGAAUAUCCCACUCUUUUCGAUGGAUCCUCAACAACCGGAAAAGCCA